AUGGGGUGGGUGUUGGAAUUUCGUGAGAUCAGUAGCAGCAAGAAGAUGAGAAAGAGUUUUUGGGCACAGUGGGAUUACUCCAAGAUGUGGUUCUGGCAUGGGGAGUACAGAGUGGCAGUGAACAUCAAUGACUAUCUAGACAUCUACUGUCCCUUCUAUGAGGGUCCCCCGUCUCACGGGCGCAUGGAGCGCUACAUCCUGUUCAUGGUCAACCACGAGGGCUACACCUCCUGCCAGCACAGGAUGCGUGGCUUCAAACGCUGGGAGUGCAACCGACCCAGCGGCCCUGAUGGCCCCCUGCGCUUCUCCGAGAAGUUCCAGCUCUUCACUCCCUUCUCCCUGGGCUUUGAGUUCAGGCCUGGACACGAGUACUACUACAUCUCGUCUCCUCAUCCAAACCAUGUGGGGCGGGCAUGUCUAAAGCUGAAGGUGUAUGUCAGACCUCCAGAUGGUUCGGGAUAUGAUUCUCCAGAGCCAUUCCUUACUGACGGAGGACCAAGUUCCAGGGCAGGCAGCAUGACCCUGUUAGCAGCUCUUGCCCCACUGAUCCCGGGACUCUCCUUCUGGCUGUGA